AUUUCCCCCAAAAACCAAAAAUUAAAAAUUUAAAAAAAUAUCCCGACAAAAAUGCUUUUUCUACGAAUUUUCCGAAAUAUCUCCAAACUAUCCAAUCCACAAAUAAAUCUAAACUUCUCACAAUGUCGUCAACUUCGUAAAAUAACAAGACCCAUAAUAAAACCCGAACAAUAUGCUGUCACUACACAAAAACCAAUUAAAUCCACUGAAAUCCAAUCAGAAAGUUACACAAAUCAUCUUGAAAAGGUUCACGAACCGGAAGAUCAAUUACCGGCUCUUCCAAAAGCUGAAAAAGAUUACGUACCAACAUUUAAUCUAGCUGCCUAUGUAAAUAAAUCCGAAUGUCUUCAACAGCUAUUGAAAUUAGGAGUCAAUCUAAAUAGCAUUGAAAAACGUAAAGGUUUGGCCGAGUUUGUAUUGAAAUUAGAUUUUGAGAAGAACAUUAAACCACAUUUAAUGUUUCUUCAUGAUUUGGGUGUUCCACCAAAGCAAUUUGGUGAAUUAAUCACAAAGAAUCCUUUGAUAUUUAAAGAAAAUUUAGAUGAUUUACAAGUUCGUGUGAAUUAUUUGCAAGCAAAGAAAUUCAAUGAUCAUCAAAUCACUCGAAUUGUUACUAAGAAUCCUUAUUGGCUAAUGUUCUCGACAAAGAGAAUAGAUAAAAGGCUAGGUUAUUUUCAAGAGAAUUUUAAACUUAGCGGAGAUGAUGUUAGGUUUUUAGCAGCCAAACAACCGAGAUUAAUUACCUACAGUAUGGAACACAUUAGGAAGAAUAUGUUUUGUAUAACCGAAGAAAUGGGUUUUGAAUUGGAAGAGUUGAGAUGUCUUCUGUUGAAUAAACCAAAGUUGUGGAUGUUGAAUUCUGAUGAAUUGAUUGAACGCUUUGCAUAUGCCCACAAUGAAAUGAAGCUAUCUCAUGAGAUGAUUGUUCAAUUUCCUGAAAUUCUUUUAUCACGGGAAUUUAGGAUACGAGAACGACAUGAAUUUUUGAAGACACUUGGUCGUGCUCAAUAUGAUCCGCAUAAAGAUUUAUAUGUAUCGCCAAAGACACUUGUCGAGGGUAAUGAUAGGGAUUUUGUUGUUAAUGUAGCUAAAUGUGAUAUGGAAAUGUAUGAAAUGUUUUUGAAGACAAGAUAAAGUUUUGUUUUUUUAGAAAAAUAAAUAAAAAUAAGUAAA